AAACCAGCGAGAUUCGACAACAAAAAACCAACGACAAUUAAUCUGAGAACUUUGGAGCCCAGAUUAGCAUUUUAGGUUGCAAUGGCCUUGGAGACGGUGAAGGAGGACGAGCAAGUUUACAGCUGGAGAGAAGUGACGCUAUCACCUCAUUCAGCCUCAGAGUCAUCAUCAAGCCUUGAGAGAGAGACCGGGGAGAGAAGGCGAGGCCGUGACAUACUCAUAGCCAUCGAUCAUGGGCCCAACAGCAAGCACGCCUUCGAUUGGGCCCUCAUUCACUUUUGCAGGCUUGCUGACACAAUCCAUCUCAUCCAUGCAGUUUCCAGUGUGCAAAACCAGAUUGUUUACGAGGCGAGCCAGGGGCUAAUGCAGAAGCUUGCUCUUGAGGCAUUUGAAGUUGCUAUGGUAAGGACUACUGCUCGAAUUGUGGAAGGGGAUCCAGGGAAAGUAAUUUGCAAGGAAGCAGAAAGAAUAAAACCUGUGGCAUUGGUCCUAGGUAGUAGAGGCCGAAGCUUAAUUCAAAGUGUACUACAGGGGAGUGUCAGUGAGUACUGCUACCACCACAUUAAAUCAGCUCCUGUUAUAAUUGUUCCUGGAAAAGAAGCUGGGGAAGAAUCAUUGAUCUAGCUAGUGGAACUCACGGUAUGUUUAGAACCACUGUUUGGUCCUUUAUUUAUUCUGUAAGUUUCUGUUAGUAAAUUGCUAGCUUGGAUGUGUGUAUUUGGAAUUCAAAGGGCUUGUAAGAAUCAACUAAAACCAAGUAGUAGUUAUUUUAAAUUUUCAGAAUUCCUUGUAUAGCUUAAAGCCUUAAACUGCUGGUAUUGAUUUGAUUUCCUAAACUUUGUUCAUGUAUAGAUACUGUUAUGAUAGAUAUGUUUUAUGGAUUUCUUAGUUUUAUUAUUUGGAGAAUAAUGUGAGCGGGAGAUUCUGCU